GUUCAAGCGCGGCUGAAGACUCGUCCCAAAGGCUCCUUCCGAUGUCCCAGGUGCGAAGCGACCUCCCGAGCCGUUCCACUGACUCGCCCGAUGGAGACUCCCAAGAGGAUUCGAAGCUCAUCCCAGUCCCCAGUACAGGCCAAGAUACAAACUCAUGCCCUUCCUCCAGGCCAACUUCAGAGGUAGCAUCAGCAACUUCAAACUUCAUAACCUCUACUCCUAGUUCUCAAAAUCAGACCACAGUUGUGAAAGAGGAAAUCUCACUGGAAGAACGUUCAACAUCUCAACAUAGAUCCCUGAUGAAUGGAAAUUCUUCAUCCAAUACAGAAUCCGAGGGCAACUUCACAAUGGUAGAGGCAGUGACGUGUCAGCCGCAAAGCCGAGUCACUGUCCAGAUUCCUUCAGACUUAACUUGUGUCUCGUUGCUACAAAAUGGUGCUGGAUAUAUAUCAGAUGACCUCAGCAAUUCUAAGGGAGAGGCUGGCAAUGGGAUCUUAUGUUCCGAACUUAAAUCACUAUCAAGUUCCCAGAAGCCUCAUCGGAAACUGCAGUCCCAUCACUCCAUCAACAGCCAUAUCAGCAAAAAAAGCAAGAGCAGCUCCAAAUCAGCAUCCUCUCAGAUCCCUACUGAAGCACAGGAAGACUGCUGCGUCCACUGUAUUCUCUCCUGCCUCUUCUGUGAGUUCCUGACCCUCUGCAACAUCAUGCUGGACUGUGCCACUUGUGGCUCCUGCAGCUCUGAGGAUUCUUGCAUCUGUUGCUGCUGCUGUGGCUCUGGGGAAUGUGCUGAUUGUGACCUGCCCUGUGACAUGGAUUGUGGCAUCAUUGAUGCCUGCUGCGAGUCAGCUGAUUGCCUGGAGAUCUGCAUGGAGUGCUGUGGCCUUUGUUUUUCUUCCUGAAGUCAAAUCUUGAUCCUUGAACAGGAGCUCCAAGUGGGACCCUUAGGGGAAAACUGUGCUAAUUAAGUCUCUGUUGUUCUUCUUUAGUUAUCAGAUGGCUGAGGUUUGAGAAGUUCCAAGUUUGAAACCAGAGACCUGAAUAGAAGAAGUUGACAGAGUUAAUUCUAUUGGAUUUGAUUCUGGGCUCAGAAACUGUUUAGAAGAUGUGGUUCUUUUUUCCCCUGACUGCAAUGAAAAGUUUGAAGUAACAGGAUAUCUCCAUGUAGUCAUCGUCUUUAUUCUUUCUCUUUGUCCUCACACCAGAACUUUCCACAUGGAGGCUGGGGAAUAGCAGAGUUCCUGCUGCCUGAGCCAAAUACCAGAGAAGAAUAGUUGCACAACUAGCUAUGCCGGUUGGUUGAAAUCUGAAGCAAUUACACAAAGCCAAAGAUCAUAGCAGACAUGCCCAGGCUGUGUUUAGUAUGAUAGUAAGAUGUUCCACCUACUGGUCCAACUGCAGGGGUUUAUUCUCAUUCUGGCAGUUGCUGCUGCCUUAUCUGAUGCCCAGUAGUUGGUAAUUUUGCUGCCUCCUGGGCAUCCAAAGCAAUGGCAGCUCACCUAAUGUUUUUAUGCAGUUGUUCUGGAUUUAUCCCUGGCACACCAGCUGAAUUCUUCCAAUAACAUGAUGCAGAGAAUAGCCGCUAAUUCAUCCACAAUAACAUGGAUCCAUUUGGUAUCUGUCAGCAGUUAGGAGCAGAUCUUUCCUGUGAAUUCUUGGAUGGGACCCAUAUCUCAUUCCUGCUGCUCCAUCUUCCAUUUGUCCUUUGAUAGGGACAUGUCAGUGUUGGCAUUGUGUCAUUUCAUGUGACCAGAACAUGCCGCUCUUCAUUUUCAAUGUACAACAUUGAGAGACUUUUUUGCCACCACGGGCAUCUGUCAGAAAAAAGCUUUUGAACAGAAUUGGGAGAGAUUAUUAGUUUAAAAGAAGACAAGGGAAACUGCUUCCUUCGCUUUUUCCCACAGCAGGAAAACACUAAACCUAACUCAAAGACACCGGAUAUGAGUCACUUACUAUUAAAAAAAAUUCAUAUCCUCUUAAAAAGAAAAUUGACAAUAUGAUAUUAAGACAGUGGAUGAGACAAUUUGUAGCAUGUAAGGGCAGUCCUCUGCCUCUUUGUAGUAUGUUGUUAUUGUUAAUAAAAAUAUUUUUCACUUUUGACUUAAAAUUGUUCAGUGUUGUAUACUGGCUUGGGAAUUGAAAGUACUAUACAUUUCAGUUGAAAUGUUUUUAUACAUAAAU